AUGGCUCCUCGCAGAACAAAACCCGCACGCAAACCCACAACCACAUCUACCUCUGCAUCCUCAUGUCCAUCUCCAACUAGCCUUCCAACCCCUAUGGAGAUCGAUGACAUUUUCCUUUCCGACUCGGAGUUGAGCGAUGCGCAGUCUCUAAUCGAGCCUGAAGGCUUCUCGUUACUGUCCCCGGACGAGUCUAGCGGCGGCCGCAGCCAAGACGAGAUGCCGCCCGCCAAAAAGAAGCGCCGUGUGGCCGGCCCCAAGGAACGCCGAACACAGCACCUCGACCUCACUCCCCGCCCGGGUUAUUCGGACUACGGUGAUCAAGAGGCCCAAAUUGAUCUGCUUGUCAACACUAUUCGAGGUCACAAGAAAAUUGUGGUAAUUGCGGGAGCUGGCAUCUCCACCUCUGCAGGCAUUCCCGACUUUCGCUCUGAAGAUGGACUUUUCAAAACUUUACAAAAGAAACACAACCUCAAGGCGUCGGGCAAGCUGAUGUUCGAUGCUGCCGUCUACCAGGAUGAAACGUUGACCGCUACAUUCCAGGAGAUGGUACGGUCGCUAUCAGAAGAAGCCGAGAAAACCUCCCCCACCGCUUUCCACCAUAUGCUCGCCCGACUAGGAAGUGAUAAUCGCCUGACUCGGUUGUAUACCCAGAACAUUGACGGUAUCGAAACGUCAAUGGAUCCUCUGGCUACUCAGAUUCCAUUGAACAUCAAGGGGCCAUGGCCGCGCACUAUACAAUUGCACGGAAGUUUAGAAAAGAUGAUUUGUCAGAAGUGUCGGCAUAUGGGAACAUUUGAUCGAGCCAUGUUCGACCGUCCGGACCCGCCUGAGUGUCCGGAGUGUGUAAUAACGAACCAACUCCGUUUGGAAACCGGUCAACGCAGCCAUGGGAUUGGGAAAAUGAGGCCACGCAUUGUUCUAUACAACGAACACAACCCGGAUGAAGACGCCAUUACCUCUGUCAUGAACGCUGAUAUACGCUCGCGACCGGAUGCGCUAAUCGUGGUGGGGACAAGUUUGAAGAUUCCCGGGGUACGUCGCCUUGUGAAGAGCCUGUGCUCGGUAAUUCGGAGUCGGCGCAAUGGAGUCACCAUGUGGAUCAACAACGAAUUGCCUUCGGGUAAAGAGUUUGAAGACUGCUUUGAUCUGCUGGUCAAGGGCGACUGUGAGGAAGUGGCACGACUCGCGCAAUUGAAGCGGUGGGAUGACAACUCCAAGCCGGUAUUUGACGAGUGCAACUCUGCUGAUGUCGAGCGGAUAAAGACCGAGCAAGGGCCGCUUUCUGUCGUUAUCAAAACGCCCAAAAAGUCCAAGGUGCAAGCUCAGACUGGGAUGCUUACGCCAUCAUCCAGCUACGAUGGCGACGCCGAGACUACUUUCAACACUACACUUUCAAACCCUGCUAGCAAAGGACGAAAGCUUACCGAGAUACUCAAGGCCAGCAAGAAGGACGCGCUCAAGCCCAAUGAGGCACCUAAGCCCAAGGGUGCCGGUGUUAAAAAGCCUGCGCCUAAGAAGAAGUCCAAGAAGGAGCCGGCCAAGAAUGCCAAAAUCACCACAUUUAGCAAAGUCACCAAGGCUCAGAAAGUUAUACCAGACGAGAAAUCCAUCAAGCUCGAAAAAGACGCGCACAAGGCAAUGCAUCCUCUGCCACCCGGAGCAGCGCGCACCAAUGCACCGAUGUUCCCUGGUCUGGCCAAGGACGACUCCAAGUCGACGCCAAGCGGCAAGCACCGCGGCGAGCUGGAGACGAUCUCACCCGACCGCAUUCCCAAGGGUAUGGCCAGGCUGCUGAAUUAG